CUUAGCUUAGCCCACACAAACAAAUUACACAAACCCACACUCCAAAAUAUGGCAAAGUAAGAAGUGUUUUGAUUGCUUUCCCAAAACUCUCUUCAUCAUCAAUAAUCAGUAAUUAGCACUAAUGGCCUCCUUUUGGGACCUCACAGUGCUCUUUACAGCACUCAGUGUCUUCUCCUUUAUGGCUCUGAUGGCAGAACCUCUCUUGCCUUCUCUCCCUGAGCUCUCCCCUGAGAUUGCCCCGCUCCUCCCCUCCUCGGGAGGGUCGGUCCCGUCAUCGACCGGGUCCUCUUCCUCCAUCCCGACGAUCCCCUCGAACCCGAGCCCGCCCAAUCCCGAUGAAGUCCCCUCGGGAGUUGAGUCAGCAUUCUCCCCGCAGAGCUCCGCGUCGGCUUCAUCCUCCGCAGUUCGAGCAAGGGCGACUACUGAUCAGGUGAUGAUCUACAUGGGUGUGUUCUUGAUUAGGGGCGCAUUCUUGUCAAUUCAGCUUCUCUGUAUGGGAUGAUAAGAGCCAUUCUUUCUUCUUUUGCUACAUGAUAUUCUGCUUCCUUUUCUUACCCUUCUUUUCCUGUUCUUUUUUAUCUUUCUAAUUAUAGUAAUAUAUAAUGAUAUAUGCAGAGUAUUGAUGUACGUAUGUAAUCUACAUUUAAUUAAGUUAAAUUCUUAUAAUUUAUUCGUUACGAGAAAA